AUGGACCGAACGGGUGACCGGACUUCUGACAGCUGCAGGGGAAGGGUAAGCGGUUUACAGGAGGAAACGGUGUGUGGGGCUAACGGGAGUUACCUACAUGAAGGGGAGACAGCCGGCAGGCGGGGCCCUUAUUCUCGCUCUGCUGCAGUUAUUUUCGGCGACUGCGAAGAAAGAGGCAGGAAAGAGACAAAACUGUCUGAAAGUGACGAAGUCCCGCUUGCAGACGACAACGACAGCACUGAUAUGCCUGAUGCCCUGGAGAGCAAAGUUCGCUGUUAUGCGGAGGGAUCUGCUGCGGCAGUUACUGUCCAACACAAGCGAACUCAGCUGGUAGGGGGUUCACUUUUAGACAACGCUCUUUUUACAGGAAACCUGCAGACAUGCGCACAUGGACCGAUGACGAACGGAGCCACUGGGGACAGUGUCUUACCACCGUCUACAUACGACUUCUUGCGUCCUCACUCUUCCAGCACGGAGAACCACAUAACGCUGGCAGGCGACGUGCAAGACAGGAGUAAAGACCACGCAGACAACGCAGGACGAGAAAGGGCUCACGUAACAGCAAUGAAAAGCAUGGAGAAGGCUGCAUCGGUCGCGCAUUACGAGGAGGUUGAAAUGGACAACCCUGGACCGGCACAGCCCGCGAAUGUAAAACGACGCAGUCACUCUCACGAACAGGAACAGCAGCGUGAAAGGGACCAGGGGACGCGCGUGAGACAGUCAGGGUCCUUCACAGGAGAAGAAAAGGAUUUAGAAUUUCGAGAUGAGAAGCCGAAACAAACCAGCAACAAAAAGAGAAUUGGAGGGGCAGACCACGACGAGGAAAACUAUUACUACUGUGGUAGAAGAGGGGAGAAAAAGGAAAUGGGCGAGUCAGACAUGGAGGAUGACUCAAAGUCGGGUGAAAGCAAGCUUCGUGGCCAGCAAAUACCAGCAGGACCGGAUAAAAACCAUGAAAUGCCACAGCAGCAGCAGUUGACAGCCGAGUGCCCGUGGACGGUCAGAGAGCUUCUUUCUUCUGUACGUGCGAUAGUGCGAAAGCUGUCUGAGUUAAAGAAACGCUCCUCGGAAGCAAUGGAUAGGGCUUUCAGCCGGCAUGCAAUGCUGGUCUACAACCACGCGUGGCACUUCAUUGUUGUUUCCACGCUUCUCAGCGCCGUUAUGGCUCUUGGUAUCGUGUUCCGGAAGCACGAGAACGACAUGUACAAGCUGUACAGUUUUUCUGGAGCUCCGAGCCACGCAGUUAAAGCCCAUCUCCUCAAACACUUUGCUCCUGUGCGUACGACAUACAUAGUUGCCUUCAGCCGAGAGGGCCAUAUUAAGCAAGAGAGUCUCCGUCGACUAAGUGAAAUCGACCAACAAGUGCGAAACCUAAUGAUAUUUCGCGACGACGUCACUGUAGAUGAAUUCGGCGACCCUCUGGCAAGACGAAAAGACUUCAAUCCGGAAAACUUUCCCAGGAACAUAAGUUUCCAGGAUUUAUGCUCGCGCGAUUCAUGGGGAGACUGUAAUGUUAUCUCGGUCUUGGAUCUGUACACUUCUCCCCGCGUAUGGGGACGACCGAUCGUAUCUCGCGAGUGGCCUGUCGUUGUCAAUAUGAGAACGAAAAAGGCAUACAGGGCAGAUGCGAUGUUAGGGAACAUGACUGUGGUGGAAAAGCCGCAAGGGAACGGCUUUGUUCACAUCAUUCGAAACGCCACAGCAUUUGGCAUACGCUACGACUUUGUAGGUGAACACGGAUGGCAGCAUUACAGCGCGGCAUUUGAGAAAAGCAUCGAGAACUUGGUGGAGAAUUUCGAGAUCCCCGGCAUGCGGCUGUCUUUGAAGACGGAGCGAUCGAUUAGUGAUGAGCUGAGUCGAUCUUCAGAGAUGGGGCACUGGGAGAUGAUGCUGCUAAUCGUUGCCGUAUUUGUGGUGCUUUUCUACACGGUCAUCGUCAACACAACGUUCAGUUAUCGAACGAAGAGCCUGCCUGGCUUCAUGGGUGUGGCAUCGACCCUUAUGGGGUACGCUGGUGGCGCAGGUUUCAUUUAUUUUUGUGGUUUGCAUCACACACCUCCAGCUGAAGCGACCCCCUUUCUCGUGCUCGGCAUCGGUGUGGAUAACGCGUUUGUGCUCAUUAAUUCAUACAGCUUAACUUUUCUAAUCCCGGACCCACAAGAGAGGAUCCGGCACACGACGCGAGACGCCGGUCUGUCGAUAACAUGUACAACCAUGACGAGUGUCACGGCCCUUAUCAUCGGGGCCGCCUCGCCGUACGAAAGCAUCGCCAUGUUUUGUAUCAUCACGGCGUUUUGCCUGUUUUGGGGUUAUGUGAUGGCUCUUACCUUUUUUCUGGGCUGGCUGGUCUUGGAUUGCCGCAGAGAAGUGGCACACUUGAAAAAGAAGCAGAAACGACUCACGGGGGGAGGCGAGACAGGCGAGGACGACCAAGUGGCCGAAGUUGGCCAGGCGGUAAGGAAACCAAGGUCGCACGCUGAGGACAAGCAUACCAGAAAGGAAGGGCUCAUGGGCGAUGGAGCUGCAGCAGAGAACGCGCUGCUUCCUUUAAAGAAGCGCACUGUCGCGUCGAAGGCUUCGCUGUCACGCGUGUCGCCCUGGGAAGCGGAAGAGAACGAAGAAGACCUGCUUCUGGCGUUGGAUAUGCCGUGCCAGGACGAAAGUCACGGUACUUCCAGAAGGGAUUAUCUACGUCGAAAGAAAGCUAGUACCAAGAAGGAGUAUCAGGCGGAACGCGGUCAUGAUGCACCAACUCCCCGACACGGCGGAAGUGGGCGGACACUCGGAGACGCGUUCAAGGACUGCAAGCCGAGAAUUCAUGCUGAUCCGAACAUAUCAUUACUCAGCCAGAACGUUGAAGAAGACUCACGAAGCAGCAAUGUGCCCGGCUCUCCGAGCAGCUUGCACAGAGCUUUACAUGGAAACGGCGAACAUAAACAGCAAAUGCGAGACGCAGCUCACGAGGCACGUCGAGACGAUGAAGACGAACAAGGAUCGUCAAGCAAGUUCAUGCCAUGCAGGAGUCGCGAGGCUGCGACAGAGGACGAGCCGCUCUGCUUCUCGCCCGUCAGAAAAACAGAAAACUGUGGAGGUGGCCGCAAUACAGCAACGCCCACGCGCCUCCAUCCUCCCUUUCCGUCGCCGGCGUCAUCUUCCUCGUCGGCUUGCUCAUUCCCCCGGGGACCAGCGAGCGAGAAGUCAUUCAAAGAAAACCCCGCCGAGCAGGCGGCGCUGCUCGAGCGAUUCGGAAAGAUGUCUACUUUCGGAUUAGUAUCUCUUAUGGUCUUCCGCAAUGACCACCAGUGCGCACUGAGGAAGAUGCGGAAGAAGAGGGCAAGACUGAACAAGAGGAAGGCGACAGGCCAGAACUCUUCUUCCGCUGGAGCGAUCUGGCCAGACGACUCGAAACCGGAGAAGCUCCGGAGGGCCCUCAAUAAAAUCAGGGAUAAAUGCCUUUGGUGGAGAACACCGAAGAAUGUACGGACACAAGCCGCUACGCUGCUCGCUGAGGGUGACUUAAUGCCUGCCGAAGCGAAGCACGACAAGAAUCACCAUGACUACUCCACACCCCUUACAAGGGGAUCGAGCGUUCAUACGGGCGAAGAUUUGAAUGACAGUGAACGAGCUGCAGGGCUUCUUCUGGAGUCCGAGCCGGAGGAGCUGCUCCCUGGUGCAGUCCAAGUCUUGCUGCCAGAGCUUUCGAUGUCGCCAGACGAGUCGGGAAAUCUAGUUGAAACCGCCAGUGCACAGUCCGGAGCCGCGGGGCCCGGACAAGGAGAGAAGUACAUUACGAUAAACGACGACGAACUCGAAGAAUUUCUCGACCGACACGUCAAGGAACCCAAAGGGAACGUGGGAAGGCUCGGAAGGGCUUUUUUGAUCAGCCAUUACUGCAGAUGGCUUGCGUCUGGGUGGAUACAAACGAUCAUCCUCGUCGCGUUCGCUUUGAUUUGUGGUAUUUCGAUCUACGGUUUUACGCUCAUUGAGCCCGGGAUCACGGUGGACGAAAUUUGUCCAAACAACUCGUACCUGCGGGUCUUCUUCGAUGUCCGCUCCACGUACUUUCGCACACUUGGCGAAGAAAUCACGGUUUUCUUCGCAGAGCCUGAGCGCUGGGAGUCCAAAGAGGUCCAGGACAAACUAAUGGAGGUUCACGAGUCAAUUUACCUUUCUCACCACGCUGUUGCGGUUCACAACGGCAUGUACGAGUUCCUCAAGUACAAGCAGAGCGAGCUCGUCGACGGCGACAGAGGCCUUUUCACCAAAACGCUUUACCUGUGGUUGCAGAACGACUUGGUGGGAAGGCAAUUCCGCAGCUACUUCAACUUCUCUUUCGCACCUCAGAGCCUCCCUGCGAAUUCUCCCUCAGCGGCGCUCGGUGGCGCGGCAGCUUCGGCGCCUCUGCGUCUUCCAUCUUCGCUCCUCUCUUGGAAAUUCGUUUACUGGAUGCCACACAUGGAGAAUACGAGUGUGCUGUACGAGUGGCUGGAGGAAACCCGGUCUAUUUUGAACAACGCAAAAGACUUCUUUCGUGGCGAAGCCUUCACGCCUCUAGCUAUUCUCUGGGAAAGUGACCCGCAUAUCCUCAAAUGCACCGUAACGAAUCUCUUCUACGCCCUUGUCGCCAUCGUUCUAAUGACGUUCUUGCUGAUUCCGAAUUUCAUGUCUAUGCUCAUUGUGGCCGUCACCGUAUUUUUCGUCGACAUGGCGCUAUUUGGCUUCAUGGCCAUUUGGGGUCUGAGACUCAACAUGCUCACCAUGGUCAUUUUGCUGCUUGCCAUCGGUUACAGCGUAGACAGCACGACGCAUGUCCUCAACGCGUUCACGCACUGCUGCGGCAGAACACGCAGAGACAGAAUGAAAGAGACCAUGGUGCUCAUCGGCAACGCCAUCGCCAACGGCAUGCUCUCGACGCUGCUGGCUGUCUUCUUCCUCAUGGGAUCCGACAAAUUUGUCCUUGCUGUAUUCUUCAGAAUGAUGAUCUUGGUUCUGACCUUCUCGUUCGGCUUCGGGUUCGUAUUUCUCCCCGUGCUGCUGCUCUACGUGGGUCCGAUGCCUGACAACGAGUUCAUUGCGCAGUUUGUUGACAAACGCACUCCGAAGCUCAAGUCUUCGCGGGCGCCUUACUUGCGGUCACUCACGAACGGGAGCGGGGGCUGUGCUGGCCGCCGUCGCACCGGCGUUUUGCAAAACGCCACCGGGUCGGGCCGAUUUUCCUCGUUGCUUGAAAGCCGCCUGUGCAGCCGAAGAAACCGGCAAACCGAGGACAGUGCGCCGGACUGCGGGAAAGACAGGGCUCGAACGGCCUCGCGAGAACGCUCGCACGCGGAAUUGCCGGACGGGGAGGCCUCUCCCCAUGCACACCGAUCUGCCUCUGCACCGCCAGCCAUAGAGCUCUCGACUGCAUGA